GUGCCAAGCCAACACACGACGAUUUGCUCGACAUCUCCAAACGACGACGCUUGCUGCUUGCUCUCUGCCACUAUCACCCGGACCAUCACCACCCAACGACGUCAAGAUGGUCAACCUCACCACCCAGAAGCGCCUGGCGGCCUCCGUCACCGGUGCAGGAAAGCGCAAGAUCUGGCUCGACCCCAAUGAGGUCAACGAGAUCUCCAACGCCAACUCCCGCCAGACCAUUCGCAAACUGAUUGCAGAUGGCCUCAUCAUCCGCAAGCCAGUCACCAUGCACUCGCGUGCCCGUGCCCGAGAGUUGACUGCCGCCCGCCGCAUUGGAAGACACCGUGGUUUCGGUAAGAGGAAGGGUACUGCUGAUGCGCGUAUGCCAACUCAAGUCGUGUGGAUGCGCCGCCUUCGUGUGCUCCGCCGCCUGUUGGUCAAGUACCGUGCUGCCGGCAAGAUUGACAAGCACCUUUACCACGAGCUCUACCACCUGAGCAAGGGUAACACCUUCAAGCACAAGCGUGCUCUUGUUGAACACAUCCACAAGGCCAAGGCCGAGAAGCAGCGUGAGGAGAAGCUCAAGGCAGAGAUGGACGCCAAGCGUGCGAAGACCAAGGCUGCCCGCGAGAGGAGACAAGAGCGUAUCACCCAGAAGCGCAACGCACUUACUGGCGAGGACGAGGAGGAACCAGCCGCUCAAUAGACGCAUACCCAGCCGAUUCUUUAUUAAAAAGUCACGAAGCAUGCCACAAAUCAGAGGUUCACCAAGGAUGGGCAAAAUGGGUACGCCCUAGGACUCAUGGUGGGAUUUUUCGGGCGUGCUGUUACUUGCUGUGGGUGGUGCUUGGGCGCAUUUCGUGUCAUUCCCUGCAGCUGAUGCGGAUGCGGAUGUGUGUACUUGAGGCGGUACAGUUCGAAUGCCUUCAAAGACGUCACGAUCAGAUUUUCACGAUUCUCCAUGUGUCCUCAUGUGCUCUCCAUUGCUGCCAAAAUGGAAGAUCCGACGUGAUGUGCUGACAAAGCUGGUCAGGUUUCGUUACUUGCUUCUGACAAUACCUUACUGAAUAUGGAUGUGAUCUGAACACUG